UUGAAAUGUGGGAGGUGUGUUCGUCCUGCGCUUCACGGAAGACAGCAGAGAGCCCAAACGUCCGCGUCCGAGCCGCUGUCAGCAGGGACGAACCGGGACUCCGUGCGAACCGACCCGCCGGAUCCAGAGCGCGCUUCUGUGCGCGCAGCGCGGCGGCGGCGCGUCUGACCGGCAUGCGGCCGAGGCGCUCCUGAAAAUCCGCGCACACAGCUGCGGAGCUCGGCCAGGACCCACGGGAGACAUGGCCCACGUCGGCAACGGGGCGGCCGCCGAGGAGGAGGACUGCUUUGAAGAUGCUUUCGACCGGAUUCCUUCGGCAUGCCAGAUGGACCUGCAGACUGCCAUCCAGGAGACGCAGUGUGCCCUCAACCUGGUCCUCAACAACAAGUUCUCCCAAGCCCUCGACCUUCUUAAGCCCUGGUGGAAGCACAGCAUGUACCACGCCCUGGGUUACAGCAGCAUCCUGGUGAUGCAGGCCACCAUGACGUUUGAGCAGAAGGACAUCCAGACGGCCAUAGAAACCAUCAAGCAGGCGUUACAGACGUGUCACAGGUUCAGAAAGAGAAACUCUGUGGUCGGUUCUCUGUCCACUCUGAUCAGCAAGAGGUCCAACUUGCAGGAAGAGGAAAUGCAUGCAGAGCUCUGCUACGCCGAGUGCCUUCUGCAGAAAGCAACUCUGACUUUCAUACAGGAUGAGAACAUGAUCAGUUUUAUAAAAGGAGGAAUCAAGAUUCGAACAAGCUACCAAAUCUACAAGGAUUGUCAGAAUGUGCUGAACCUCUCCCAGGACAAGGCGGAGCAGUCCAAUUUAUUCAAACAGUUCGAGGGCGGAGUCAAGCUGGGUAUCGGCUCUUUUAACCUGAUGUUAUCUCUCCUUCCUCAGAGGAUUUUAAGGUUGCUGGAGUUUAUUGGGUUUUCAGGAAACAGAAGUUUUGGUUUAUCUCAGCUGAGGGAGGGAGCAACCAGCCAAAGCUUGCGUUCGAUCCUCAGUGUGCUGACCUUGCUCUUCUACAACACCUACGUUUCGCUGAUACUGGGAACGGGAGAAGGAAACCUAGUGGAAGCUGAAGCUUUGCUGGAGCCAUACCAAGAAAAAUACCCCAAAGGCUCCAUAAUACUCUUCUACUCUGCUCGCAUCGCCACCCUACGAGGAAACUUUGAGAAGGCCCGGGCCAGGUUUGAGGAGUGCAUCGGCAGCCAGCAGGAGUGGAAGCAGAUCCACCACCUGUGUUACUGGGAACUGAUGUGGACCCACUCGUUUCAGCAGGAAUGGCAGCAGGCGUACCGCUACGCUGACCUGCUGUGCAAAGAGAGCCGCUGGUCCAAGGCGAUCUAUAUGUACCAGAAAGCAGCCAUCCUUAGCAUGAUGACAGAGGAGGACGUGAGGAAGACUGGCGAGGACAUCGUGGAGCUCUUCAGGCAGGUGGAAGGACUUAAGCAGCGCCUGGCUGGGAAGUCGAUCCCCAUGGAGAAGUUUGCAGUGAGGAAAUCCAGACGCUACAAAGCGGAACAGCCGGUCCCGCUGCUCAUCCCUGCGCUGGAGAUGAUGUACGUUUGGAACGGGUUCAACAUCGUCGGGAAAAGAGCCGACUACACAGAGUCUCUGCUGGUUACGAUUGAGAAAGCUGAGCUGCAGCUCCGCAACGAUCCAAAUCCGUCAGAGUUCCACCCAGACGACAGCGGUCUGGUCCAGAUGUUGAAGGGGCUCUGCCUGAAACAUCUGGGCCGGUUGCUCCAAGCUGAGCUCUGCUUCACGCAGGUCCUGUCCAGCGAGAGUCGCAUCAGGUACGAUCACUACUUGAUCCCGUUCACCCUCUACGAGUUGGGUCUGCUGUACAAACAGCAGGGGGACUUCCUCAAAGCCACCACCUACAUUGAAAGAGCCAAGACAAACUACAAGGACUACUCCAUGGAGUCCAGGCUGCACUUCAGGAUCCACGCGGCCCUCAGCAGCCUGAAAGGCUCGCCGGUCGGCACCCCGUGAUGCUCAGAAGCCCCCGUCAGGCAGCAGCGGUUUACCGGGGAUGCUUCUGGUUUACUUCACAUGUAUCUUUGUCUUUUAACCGCCUGAACAGACACGUGUACACUAACACAGAUGCUUUACUGCUUGCUAAUGAUGUCGGUCAGCUGAAGCUGGAGUAUUAUUGUCAGUUUCAGGGCAAUCAGUUCCAGCUGUCGGUUUAUUCAGAGGUUAACGAGCUCGUUAAGAAACCCGAUUGGAUUUGAUCACAAGUGUGUCUGCUGCAACUGAACAGCAUCUUUAUUUGACCAAAAAAAAAGCACAAAGUGAAAAAAAACAUUGAUCCAGCAAGUAGCAGAAACAUCUGAAAAAACUGACAAAUGGGACUUAAUUGCCUCUGACUUUAUUUUACUUCAAUCGUCGGGUAUCAAAGAAACCUUGAAAUACAUUUUUUUGUUAAACAAUACACACAAAUCAUGACCUUACACUGCAACAAAUGAUUAUAUAUGUAUUUUUAGGAUAAGGUCCUAAAAUAUACGUAUUUCGGGUUAAAAAUUGUGGAAAUUGAAAACACACAUUCACUCCAACAGCAGAAACAUUUGUUCCAAUAUGCUUUACAUCUUGUUUACCUCAUUUGUUUCCUACAAACGCGUCAUGCCACAGGUGCACAAAGGACACAGGUGUGUCUGUGCACGAACAGUCACAGCCUUUUCACCAGUCGUGGCCUAAAUAAACACUCAUUCCAAGCUCACACAACCAAGCUGUUAUGCACAUUUGAAGAUUACACUCACAAACGGCAGUAAUUGCACAUUUUUAGCCGCGGUGUAUAUAUAGAAAACGUUUUGCUGUUGAUAUUUUUUGGAUGUUCUGUCAGGUUUUUUGUUCAAUGAAGGUGAAACGCCACAGGGUUUAAUUUAUUCUCGUGUUUCUCAAAUACAGAGCCGCUUUUUAGACUUGAUGCUAAACUAGCUUAGCAUAGCUAGCUUAGCAUCCAGUUAAGCUAGCUAUGCUAAGCUAGCUGAACUAAUAGAAGGUCAGCAAGACCGGGGGACUAAAAAGUAACAACAGAAGGGUCUCUUUUCAUUCAACUAACACUAUAAAGACCGUAUACUGACCUUAAAGUCGUAACGUUGCGUCCCACAGGGUCUUGUACUGGACCCACUAUUCAGUUUGCUGCUUAUGUGCUGCCUGAAUUGUCUAGCAUCAGUUCCUUUAAAUUUAAAUGAGCAAAUCUACAGUAAUUAGUGCUAUUCUCUGGGAGAGGUAGACAUUUCAGCUUCCCCUACAGAAAAGGCAGAUUUUAUUUCCAAUGUCUUCCAUUAUUAAAGACUUAAUUAAACCCAACACAAUUAUCCUUGGAAAUUUAGCAAAAGACCCCAAUAUUAUCAUUAACUUUGUGUAGUGCCAGUUUUUUUAAUGCUAUUCCAUUUAAUAAGGCCUUCUCUAAGGUUGUGUACUUGACGCACUAUUCUUUAAAUGUACGUUUUAUGUUCUUAAAUGACCUUUUUUUGGGUGAAAUCAAUAUUGACCAAUCUGCUAGAAUAGCCUAGUGUACAGAAAAUUGUGUUUCUCUCCAGAUAAGUGAACCAACACCUUUUGCAAAUAAGACAUAUUAAAUGCAGUAAUAGCAGGGGUCCAUAUAGAGUCUACUAUAGGCAAUGAUUGCUGAGCAACGAUGCAAAGAUCAACGUGAGCUCAGGAAAGCACAACAGUAACACCAUUGAUGAGCACCAGCAGUUUGGUCAUUAGCAAUUGAGUAUUGUGUUGCACUGGAGAUGGUACUGGGCCCAUUGUUCUUUAAAUUGACCCUUUAGUGACUAACAUGCCUACAGCAAUCAAUAUACUCCUUUAUCCUUAUAUAGAAAGUGCUAACACCAUUAGAAAGUCUGACUUAAAGAGAUGGAUGGGUACAGCAAGGCUUCUCAAUACUGCUAUUAACAACUGUGAGGGCCUAAUUCCCUAUUCUAUGUCUUUCAAACAAGAUAUAAUGAGUGAAUAUAAAGAAUAUUAGCUCUGGUACACAACUUGGGAGAAUGCUAUUUAUAGAUGCUGAUUUAUAGUGAUUUCCGGUCCGGUGAUUUGGCUUUACCCCGGCUUGACCAACAAAUGAAGAAGGUCAGUUAAAAUUAGCCUCCCUGCUCUACAAGACUUAAUUAUUCAAAGUUGUUGUAUUUUUAAUAGAAUAUACACUUUGCAGGAUCACCAGCCCAACACUUGGGAAUGGAAAGUGUUAACCUAACAGAGCCCCGUUUUUAACAUUAACAAAGUACUAAUCCAGAGGAAUUAUCGUUCUCAGGUAAAUUUAAUGCUGCGUAACUUGCUGUGAAGACGCUUGAGUCGUGUUGUUUGUUGGUUCUGCUGCCAAGGAGACAAAGAGUUCAAGCUUUCAGGGAAACGGCAGAAACUUUAACGCAUUUUUAACAAACUUUUCCUAGAACAAAGCCCCUGAUUUUAGAUCACUAAAUUUUGUAUCAGUUCAGAUUUAUGCUGUAGCAGCUCUGUCUCUGAGAAACACUAACGGCUAUAAUAACCUGCCUGGAAGCACCGAAGCUUUAUUCUUAUUCUUCUUUUAUUUUUGUAAACCUUUUAGCUUUGAACAAAGGAACGUGGCCUUUUUUUUUCUCUUUUGUUGCUUAAUAGCCUGAAACAUAAAUCCAUCAUUUACAUUUAGAUCAAAAGCAUAUAAGUAGAGCGACUUUAAUAUAAGCACAAUCUAUUUUCUCCAAAAAACAUGGAUCAAAAUUAGCUUGAUAUAUUUUAGUGGAGAGUCUCUGAGGGGGAAAAGGGCGUGUAAAGGUGUGUGGGUUAGUAGAAGUGGUGAAAAUGGGGCGUUUUGUCAUUUUUCCGUCAGUUUAACUCAUCUCUGCUUCCACUGAAACCAUCAGAGCGGUUUUCCUCCUCUGCUUUCUGAAUGUAUCGCCCUGAAGACCAAAUCCCAGCUGUUCGUCUGGCUUUCUUUUUAUUUUUUUUUAUCCCUGUAUUGUAAAUGUCUGGAUGUACUUUUUUGGCGUCUUUGUGGGAUGUGAAGCCUCACCUGUGUGAACAACUUGAUGCGCCGCUCGGUGCAUUUUUAGAAAACUUGAUGAAUUAUUAUGAAGACCAGAGACGCUAGAAGGAGUUGUGGCAAUGAGCCGAGAGUCUCAGACGCUUGUUGCGUUAUAUGAAUGGUUUUAAAGGAGUUAAAGUUAAGCUGUCGGUCUUUUUUUUUGCCCCCAUAGCAACAUAUUUACAGUUUUUUUUCUGCAGAGCUUUACUUUAAUCUCAGUUCCUACCUGCCAGGGAGUCGUGGUUGUCUUGAUUUGUUUAGAUUUAGAACAAAAGGACAAAUGGUGCCUUAUAAAGUCUUGGGAAAGUAAGAUGCAACCUAAUUAAAUGAAAAUAAUUACCAUUUUAGUUUUUUUUUUUUUUAAAUACCCAGCUACUAAAUAACAUGUAUGCUGUUUUUAACUAUGUGGGGUUGAGGUCUGGUUGGUUUUGUGGGUAAAAGGCAGAGGGUGGGAGAAAAGUGUGGAAACCAAAUCAUGUUAUCUAGGCCAGAGAAACACUGAAUUUUUAACAUUUUGACAGAUUUAUGCAGAGGUUUUAACCAGAAAUGGCGUCUCUGAUGGCUGACAGACAUAAUUUGUUUCUUCAGAUCAUAAAGGUGCGUUAUGGUUGCCACCAUAACAGCAAUUAAGCAUAAAUAUCUGCAACCUGGAGAAAAAUAGUCCUGUAGAAACAUCCUCAAAUAUGACAGAUAAAUGAGAUGUUAUUUUUUUUUUGGUGAAUGGUUUUACUGUGAGUUCAGUUUCAGCCCAGUUUGACCCGCUUCAUUGCCACAACCUCUCUGCUCCUGGGAAUCUCUCCUUCAGGUUGUGUUCGGGUGAUAAAUGUCAGUGCCUCUGUGUGUGUGUCUGUGUUGAAGAUGUAAUCUGUUUUCCAAAGGAUCGCAUGUUAUUUAAUAUAAUCUUCUGGUUUUUUGUUUCAUGUUGUAAGACGCCUGCUUCCCGACCAGCAGGAGGCGGAUAAAGGCUUUUUAUUUUUGGUGCAAUAAAACAGGAAUAUUGUCCAGUUU